AUGUCCGACGACAAAAAUGUUUCUUCUUUUCUUGAGGACGACAGAGUAAAGUUUGUCGAGGGAAAAGUUUGCGGGCUGCUGCGACUUCACCGCCAGACAUGGGAAAGAAAUGCUGUGAGUGAAGAGCUUCAAACCUCUCUGAAGAACUUCUUUGAAAAGGAGUCUUUUAUAUUUUUCUCUUCAUCCAAAAAGGGUUGUCUGGUCGCUUCUAAUGAGGUCCCAUCAAAUGCUAAAAAUGAACAAAUCUAUAUUCUCAAGAAGAGAGCUGAUCCUAUCACCACUGAAAACUGCAGGGAACUGUUGCUCUUUGGCCUUAUGGCUCCAUCACCCCUUCUGCAGCUGUCAUGUGCAGUCAAACAGAUAUGUGUUUCACUGCUGUCCAGCAACAAAAACCAUCAGACUUGGCCAAGUCUGAUAUCUGAAGACAUCCUUCGACAUGUGGAAUUCAUGUGCAGUCAGUCAUCAGUUGUGCAGGGACAGGUUGUGGGGAGAACUGUCCUCCCUGUUCCAGUAGCAGGUGACUGGAUGGAAAAAUCACCCAGCUCCUUUGAAAAGCAUGCAAACUAUGACAGGGCAGUAGCCCAUGCUGUAGAAACCCAGGUCAUCAACUGGACAAAUCUGAUCCAGAAAAUUUUAAAGGAGGAUUCAUCGGACGUACUAAUGGCGGGCUGUAACCCAGGACCCAGUGCAGAGCUGAAGUUUUGGGCAUCCAGGAAGAACAACAUAGAGAGCAUUUAUCAUCAGCUUCAGAGUCCCAUUGUUCAAAGGAUGGUCGAGAUGUUAGAAACAAUGGACAGCAGCUAUCAUCCAACAGUCAAGGCCCUAAUUGGAAAAGUGUGUGAUGCACUUCGAGAAGCUGAGGACAUUGACCUCCAUCUACAGCCACUACAUGCACAGCUGUCUCAUUUGGAAAAGACAGAGUUUCCACUCAUGGAAACAUACAUCCCGGCACUUUUUCACACACUUUACCUGGUUUGGACCAACUGUCAAUCUUACCAAAGACCAGCACGCAUUGUGGUACUACUGCAGGAAAUCUGCAAUCUGCUCAUUGAUCAGGCUUCUACAUACCUAUCUGCAGAUCUGCUACUCAGAGAGGAUCCAGAGGAAAGUCUACAAAUGGUAAAGAGAGUCAUAAAAGUUUUUAGAUGCUUCAAAGACAGUUACCAGACCCAGAGGGAGAGACUCACCAGCCAAGUGAAACGUACACCCUGGGAUUUACCAUCUGCUGUGAUUUUUUCACGUUUUAACCAGUUCUUUAAUCGUAUGCAGCAGCUUGAGGAAUUUUUUGAAAUCAUGCUGGACUUUCAGAGGAUAGGGAAGCUGGAAUUUGGUGGAACUAAAGGGAAGCUCUACAGUGAGCAUUCUGCUAAGAUGCACAAAGAGUUCAGUGACCUCUGCCAAGCCCUGACACACACUAAAAGCUGCCCACUUGACUUGAACUCUCAGGCUUUUGAAAAUGAGUAUACGAAUUUCAAGAUAUGCAUUGUGGACAUUGAAAGCCGCCUUGCCCACUUUCUAUGUUCGGUUUUCAAGGAUUGCUCAGGCCUAGAAUCAGCCAUGAAAAUGCUAACUAUUGCUGGACCCUUCCUGGAGAAAAGACAGAUUAGACAGAUAUUCAGUCCCAACUUCCUUCUGCUGCAGCAACAUUUCAGAGAAGAGCUGGAGACUUGUAAACAUCUGCUUAAAUCACAGCUCAAUCAGAUGGAGAGUAGUCUGAUGAAGAACAUGGCACACACAUCUGGGGCUUUCAAGUGGGCAAAAAUGCUCAGAGAGCGCAUUCAAACACCAUGGGAAAAAUUGAGAUUACUGUUUGGCAAAUCUACAGAAGGUGCAGAGAUGGUGACUGAGUCCAGCAUGUACAUGGAGAUGUUGAAUCUACUAGACCACUAUGAGGAGGACAUUUACUCUGACUGGUGUUGUGGCUUAGAACAGACCUGCCUGAUUAACCUGAACCAGCCACUUAUCUCCAGAAAUCCCUCCUCUGGCCUGAUUUCAGUCAACUUCAAUCCAAAGCUGACUGAGGCCUUAAAGGAUAUGAAGUAUUUUCAGACUCUCAGCAGUGAGAUUAACAUACCUGCAGCUGCACUGACUGUUUUUGAGAAGCGUGACAUGUUCACAAAGUAUAUGAACAGUUUGCAGCUGUUAGUACAGUGGUACAACAAGCUCAAGCAGACAGUGUUAGAGGUGGAACUUCCUCUCAUCAGAGCUGAGCUGGAGUCAGUAAACCUGCAGCUGUUGAGAGCUGAAACCAGCUUGACAUGGCAAGACAAGGACUGCUGGAGCUUCAUCAGCGACACCAAGCACCUUGUACAAGACCUUGUCUGUCGAGUUAAUAGAGCGAGGGCAAACUGUGAUGACAUUCAAUCUGUGAUGAAGAGAUGGAGCAAACAGGCCAUGUUUUGCAGAAAGGACAACAAGAGAGGUUCACUCAUACAGCUGGAGGACAGAGGAGACUCAUUCAGGAAGCAGUACAGCUCCAUGAAGAAGGAUGGAGAAUUUAUACACGAGCGGGUGCAGGAGAACAUGGUUCUUUUCCAUGCUGAUCCGGGUUCAGAAGAGUGGCAGUGCUACCUGGAAUUCUUGGAUGAGAUGGUGGUUGAGGGGCUGUUCGGCUACGUCAGUCACUCGCUUCAUUUCUUUUUGGAAAACAUGGAGCCAGGCCUGAACAAAACUCCUCUCUUUGAGGCUAAGUUGAUCCUAAACGGCUCAAACAUUACCUUCUGUCCCUCAAUGAAGCAAGAUGCAGGAGAUAGUCUCUAUGAACUGGUAGAGGGGCUGGUUGCAGAUAUAUUCAAGAAUUCAGUGAAUAUCAGGAGAGUGGCAGCUCAUCAUAGCAAGGAGAGCUAUCAGGAUGUAAUGGAUGACAUGCUAGACUUGCUGGACCUGAGACAGGAAAUAAUGGAUCGAGUGGAGAACGUCCAGAAGAAAGCAAUAAAUUACCAGACAAAGUUUGAUUGUUAUACUCAUCUGUGGCAAGAUGACAGGGCUGGAUUUCUCAGGCAGUUUCUCCUGUAUGGACAUGCACUUACAUCAGAGGAGAUGGAAGCCUGUAGAGCAGAUGCACUCCCUGAAAAUCCUCCUACAAUCCACAACUUCAAAGAACAGAUCGAUUAUUAUGAGGAUCUGCAUGCUGAAAUUUCCCAGCUUGAAGACUUCACAGUUUUUGAUGGGUGGUUUCGGGUGGACAUCAAGCUCUUUAAAGUCAGCCUUCUUAAUGCAGUAAAAAAGUGGAGCUGGCUCUUGAAAGAGCAUCUCUUGACAAAUGUCACUAACAGUCUUGAUGAGCUGCAGAAGUUCAUCCAAGCUACUGUUGAAGGGCUAAACCAACCUAUGACUACAGAAGACCACCGUGGCUUUGUGGAAGUGAUGAGUCUCCUGUUAGCUGUAAAGGACAGAAAGAACACCACUGACGAGAUGUUUGAGCCUCUUAGAGAAACAGUAAGCCUCCUGGAACAAUAUGGUGUGACCAUACCAGACCAGAUCUACUGGCAAAUGGAGGAACUUCCAGAGAAAUGGGGUGGGGCUAAAAAACUGGCCUUAAAAGUGAGGCAUGAGGUGGCACCCAUGAAGAACGCCGAAGUGAUGGUUUUACGAAGACAGUGCAUGGAUUUUGAGGUGAAACAAACACAAUUCAGAGAGAUGUUCAGAGCAAUGGCACCCUUCAAUUACAACGCAGUGAAUCCCUACAUUAGUCUGGAGAAAUCGGAAAAAGCAAUCCGGGAUGUGGAGAGAGACGUAGCAGAGCUGCAAGAGGCUGCAAACCUUUUUGAUGUUACUAUUCCUGACUACAGAGACAUCAAGCUCUGCAGACGAGAGAUUACGGUUCUCAAAGAACUGUGGGACAUUGUUGUAUAUGUGCAAAGCAGUGUGGAAAACUGGACAAUGACCAAAUGGAGGCAGAUAAAUGUGGACCAGAUGGAUGCAGAAUUGAGGAGGCUUGCCAAGGACAUACGGAAGCUCGACAAAGAAGCUCGCGCAUGGGAUGUGUAUUCUGGAAUAGACCUUUAUGUAAAGAACUUGUUGACGUCACUGCAGGCCGUGAGUCAACUGCAGAACCUGGCAAUACGAGAGCGUCACUGGGUGCAGCUAAUUAGAAUAACACAGAUGGACUUCACUGUGACAGAUAGCACCACCUUGGAUGACCUUUUGGCUUUGCAGCUCCAUUUGUUUGAAGAUGAAGUCCGCAACAUAGUGGAUAAGGCAGUCAAAGAGUUGACCAUAGAGAAGGUUGUAACAGAAAUAAGUCAGACGUGGACGUCAAUGGAGCUUUCAUAUGAAGAGCAUUACCAAACCUCUUUGCCAUUGCUGAAGUGUGAUGAUCAGCUUAUUGAAACUCUUGAGGAUCAUCAGGUUCAGCUCCAGAGUGUGUUUCAGAGCAAGCACAUAGAUCACUUCCUGUACCAGGUAGUGGAACUACAAAAACAGCUGACUGUGGCUGACUCUGUGCUGACGGUCUGGAUGGAGGUCCAAAGGACAUGGGCAUACCUCGAAAGCAUCUUCAAAGGCUGUGACGACAUUUGCCAACAGCUGCCUGCAGAUACACAUCGAUUCAAAGCAAUAGAUGCAGAAUUUCAGGAGCUAAUGUUGAGCAGUACCAAGAUUAAAAAUGUCAUUGAGGCCACUAACAAACCUCAUCUAUUUGAGAAGUUAGAGGAUCUCCAAAAAAGACUGGCAUUCUGUGAAAAAGCUCUUGGUGAAUACCUGGAAACAAAAAGACUUGCAUUUCCACGCUUCUACUUUAUUUCAUCCGCAGACUUGUUGGACAUCCUCUCUAAAGGAAGUCGACCCAGAGAGGUGACUGUUCAUCUCUCAAAGAUUUUUGACAACUUGUCCGAUCUCGAGUUCAGCAAAAACAAACAGCUGAGUAAUCCUAAAGUUGCUGUGGGCAUGUACAGUAAAGAGAGGGAAUAUGUCCCAUUCCAGACUGAAUGUUUCUGUCGUGGGCCGGUGGAGGCGUGGCUCACUCAUCUCGAGGAGUCCAUGAAGGAGUGUGUCAGGGGUCACCUGUUUGAAGCCGUGUCCAUGUAUGAGGACAGACCCAGAGAGCAGUGGAUUCUCGAGUUCCCUGCCCAAGUUGCUCUCACUGGAUCACAGGUCUGGUGGACUAACGAUAUGGAACUUGUGUUUAAAAGACUGGAGGAAGGAUUUGAGUCUGCGCUAAAAGACUACAAUAAGAAGCAGAUUUCUCAACUCAACUUGCUGAUUGGCAUGCUACUUGGAGAGCUGAGCUCAGGAGACAGACAAAAGAUAAUGACUAUAUGCACAAUUGAUGUCCAUGCCAGAGACAUUGUUGCCAGCCUCAUUGCUAAAAAGGUCACCACCUCACAGGCCUUCCAGUGGCUUUCCCAGCUUCGGCAUUACUGGAAUGAGCAGCAUCGCCACUGCUACAUUAAUAUCUGUGAUGCUCAGUUCAUUUACUCUUAUGAGUAUCUUGGAAAUACACCACGUCUGGUCAUCACUCCUCUAACAGACCGGUGUUACAUCACCUUGACACAGUCGCUCCACCUGAACAUGAGUGGAGCCCCAUCGGGUCCUGCUGGAACAGGGAAGACUGAGACCACUAAGGAUCUGGGCAGAGCCAUGGGUGUCAUGGUAUACAUCUUCAACUGUUCUGAGCAGAUGGACUACAAGUCUAUUGGAAAUAUCUACAAGGGUCUGGUGCAGACUGGAGCUUGGGGCUGCUUUGAUGAAUUCAAUCGUAUCCCUGUGGAUGUUCUGUCAGUUGUGGCAGUGCAGGUUAAAACCAUUCAGGAUGCCAUUCGCUCUAAAAAGGAAAGGUUCCUGUUCCUUGACAGGGACAUCGUCUUAAAGCACUCAGUUGGGAUUUUCAUCACUAUGAACCCCGGCUAUGCAGGGAGAACGGAGCUACCUGAGAACCUCAAGUCUCUCUUCAGGCCCUGUGCCAUGGUGGUGCCAGACACUGAACUUAUUUGUGAGAUAAUGUUGGUGGCAGAGGGCUUCCGUGAUGCUAAGCUUUUAGCCAAGAAGUUUAUCACUCUGUACACUCUCUGCAAAGAACUGCUCUCCAAGCAGGAUCACUAUGAUUGGGGUUUGCGUGCUGUCAAGUCUGUUCUGGUUCUGGCAGGGGCAUUGAGAAGAAGAGACAAGACAAGACCAGAGGAUCAGGUGCUGAUGCGUGCGCUGCGGGACUUCAACAUGUCUAAAGUUGUGACAGAGGAUGUGACUGUCUUCUUGGGACUGUUGGGAGAUCUGUUCCCAGGUGUCGAAGUAGAAAGACAAAGAGACUUUGAAUUUGAAAAGGCCAUUCGAAAGACCACACUGGAUCUUCGACUGCAGCCUGAGGAGACAUUUAUCCUCAAGGUGGUGCAACUGGAGGAGCUCAUGGCUGUACGUCACUCUGUCUUUGUUGUUGGAAAUGCAGGGACUGGAAAAAGUCAGAUAUUGAAGGUUCUCCAUAAAACCUAUGUAAACCUGAAGAUGAAGCCUGUGUGGAAUGAUCUCAAUCCAAAAGCAAUAGACAGAGACGAGCUGUUUGGCUUCAUUCAUCCUGCAACUCGAGAGUGGAAAGACGGUUUGCUUUCAUCACUGAUGCGAGAGCAGGCAAACAUCUCCCACCGUGGGCCUAAGUGGAUUGUGUUGGAUGGAGACAUUGAUCCGAUGUGGAUUGAAUCACUCAACACAGUGAUGGAUGAUAACAAGGUCCUGACUCUAGCCAGUAAUGAACGUGUGGCACUUACCUCAUCUAUGAGACUGGUGUUUGAAAUCAGUCACCUAAGAAUGGCAACUCCUGCCACUGUGUCCAGAGCAGGCAUCCUCUAUGUUAACCAACAGGACCUGGGCUGGAACCCGUAUGUUGCCAGCUGGAUUGACCAAAGAGAACGGCAGACUGAAAGGGCCCACCUCACUAUACUGUUUGAGAAAUACGUUCAACGCUGUCUGGAACAGAUGAAAAACACUUACAAGACGAUCACUCCCAUUCCAGAGAUCUCUAUGGUGCAGACACUCUGCACUUUGCUCGACUGCCUUCUAACACCAGAAAAUAUUCCUUGUGAAUCCCCUCGUGAGAUCUAUGAAACCUAUUUCACCUUUGCCUGCAUCUGGGCUUUCGGCGGGGCCCUGUAUCAAGAUCAGCUCUGUGAUUAUCGAGUGGAGUUCAGCCAGUGGUGGACCAAAGAAAUGAAGACGGUGAAACUGCCAGCACAAGGGACAGUAUUUGACUACUACCUUGACCAUCAAACCAGACGGUUUCUGCCCUGGAGUGACACCGUGCCACCCUUUGAAAUGGACAUCUGUACACCAUUACAGGCUGUUCUUGUACACACAGCAGAGACUGUGCGUCUUCGCUACUUCGUGGACUUGUUGCUUGAGCGGAGACAGCCAGUGAUGCUUGUGGGGAACGCUGGAGUGGGAAAAACUGCUCUUGUCAGGAACAAGUUAGACUGUCUGCCAGAAAGUUACAUGACCACAAAAGUACCUUUGAACUACUACACUACCUCCCUCAUGUUGCAGGCGAUCUUAGAGCGAUCGUUAGAGAAAAGAGCAGGCAGAUGCUACUCCCCUGUAGGCAACAGAAGGCUGAUCUACUUUAUAGAUGACAUGAACAUGCCAGCUGUGGACAAUUAUGGCACAGUGCAGCCUCACACACUUAUGCGCCAGCAUCUGGACUAUGGACAUUGGUAUGGUAGACAAAAACUGACCUUAAAAGAAAUACAUAAUACCCAGUAUUUUGCCUGUAUGAAUCCAACUGCUGGGAGCUUCGUUAUCAACCCCAGAUUACAGAGACAUUUCUCAGUGUUUGCAGUGAACUUCCCUUCAUGUGAUGCUCAGAAGUCAAUCUUCAGUCAGAUCCUGUGUAGUCAUCUGAAGCAGCAGCUCUUCAGCCCACUUGUUCUGAAGAGCGCUGCAGCUGUCGUCCAAGCAGCCAUAACUCUUCACCACAAGAUGGUUCAUAACUUUCUGCCCACGGCCAUCAAGUUUCACUACACAUUUAAUCUUCGGGACCUAGCUAAUGUCUUUCAGGGCAUCCUGUUCUGUGGGCCUGAGAAUGUGAAAGACAGCACUGACCUGGCACUGCUGUGGCUCCACGAGUCCUGCAGAGUGUACUCAGACAGACUCGUAGAUCGAAAGGACCUGCAGCUUUUUCAGAAGCUCCAGUUGGAGACUGUGCAAGAAUGCUUUGAGGAAUUGGAUGACAUAAAGGUGAAAAAGCAGCCCCUCCUUUUUUGCCACUUUGCCCAGAUGGGUGAGGAACCCUCCUAUGCUCCUGUCACAGACUGGUCUGCACUCAGUACCAUCCUCACAGAUGCCCUGGAAAGCUACAAUGAGGUUCAUCCAGCCAUGAACCUAGUGCUGUUUGAAGAUGCCAUGCAACAUGUCUGUCGCAUCAGUCGUAUCUUGGAAGCCCCAAGAGGUCAUGGCUUACUCGUCGGGGUCGGGGGCAGUGGGAAGCAGAGCCUGACUCAUCUGGCUGCCUACAUAUCCUCUGUGGAAGUCUUUCAAAUCAUUCCGAGUAAGGAUUACACAGUCCAGGACUUCAAGAUGGAUCUGGCAGGUUUGUUCCUGAAGGCUGGAGCGCAGAACCAGCGUGUGGCUUUGCUCCUGACUGAUGCACAAAUACCCGAUGACCGUUUCCUGGUCAUUAUUAAUGACUUCCUGGCAUCAGGAGAUGUUCCUGAGGUUUUCAGUGAGGAGGAGAUUGAAAGUAUUGUAUCCGGUGUGAGAGCUGACGUACGAGGCCUUGGACUUUUGGACAACCGGGAAAACUGCUGGAAAUUCUUCACAGACCGAGUGCAACUCCAGCUCACGGUAGUACUGUGCUUGUCUCCUGUGGGCAGUGCCCUGCAGGUCAGGGCUCGUCACUUUCCGGCCCUCAUCAAUUGCACAAUCAUCGACUGGUUUCAUCCUUGGACCCCUGAAGCUCUGCAGUCGGUCAGCUACAGGUUCAUCCAAGAGAUUGAAGGCAUUGAGCCUGCCGUCCAGGAAUCCAUCAGUCUUUUCAUGGCCUAUGUUCACACCAGUGUCAACCAUGCAAGUGAAAAAUACCAGCGCAAUGAGAAGAGGUACAAUUACACCACCCCCAAGAGCUUUCUCCAGCAAAUCACCCUGUACAGAAACCUUCUGGAGAAAAGCCGGGCUCAGCUUCAACACAAGAUGAACCGACUCGACAGCGGCCUUCAGAAGCUUCAAACCACCGCUGCUCAGGUUGAAGAUCUAAAAGCCAAACUUGCCUCCCAAGAAGCUGAGCUGACCCUUAAAAACGAGAAUAUCGAAGCUCUGAUUACUAAGAUCGGACUGCAAACUGAGAGGGUUAGCAACAGGAGAGAGGCUGCAGAUGUGGAGGCACAAAAGGUUGCUGUGAUCCAGGCAGAAAUUGCUGUCAAACAGAAGGAGUGUGAAAAUGACCUAAGCAAGGCAGAGCCUUUACUGGCAGCUGCCACCGCAGCACUGAACACCCUCAACAAGGUGAAUCUUACUGAGCUGAAGGCCUUUCCAAACCCGCCAGCAGCAGUAAUAAACGUAGCAGCAGCUGUGAUGGUCCUGCUAGCCCCCCGCGGUCGAGUGCCUAAGGAUCGGAGCUGGAAAGCAGCACGGGCCUUCAUGGGCAAGGUGGAUGAUUUCCUGCAGGCCCUGAUGUCCUAUGACAAGGAGCACAUCCCUGAGUCCUGUCUGACUGUGGUGAAACAAGAAUAUCUGAGAAACCCAGAUUUUCACCCUGAUCUAGUUUGGACCAAAUCUACAGCUGCAGCUGGUCUUUGUGCCUGGACUAUUAAUAUUGUGAGAUACUACGAGAUCUAUUGUCAGGUGAUUCCCAAAAGGCAUGCGUUAGCACAAGCUAAUGCAGAACUAGAAACAGCAACAGCUAAACUGCUGGCAGUUCAAAAGAAGUUGGGAGAUCUUGAUGCCAGCCUCCAGAGCAUAACAGCUCAGUAUGAAAUGGCUACAGCUGAGAAAAUCAGUUGUCAGGAGGAGGUGACGCGUACCACCCAGACCAUAGAGCUGGCCAACCGACUAGUCAGGGGCUUAAUGUCAGAGAAGGAGCGCUGGUCCCUGAAAAUUGUCCAAUUUGAAAAGCAACAGAAAACGCUGUGUGGUGAUGUCCUCCUCACUUCGGCGUUUGUGUCUUACAUGGGUUACUUUACCAGCCAGUAUCGCGUGGAGCUUUUUAACAACGAAUGGAUUCCUUUCCUUCGGUCUCUGAAAGUCUCUGUACCCCUGACAGACGGCCUGGAUCCAGUCCUCAUGCUUACAGAUGAUGCCACUGCGGCUGCUUGGCAUAACCAGGGUUUGCCAAAUGAUAGGAUGUCUAUUGAGAACGCUGCCAUCCUGACCACCAGCGAGCGUUGGCCACUCAUCAUCGACCCACAGCAGCAGGGCAUCAAGUGGAUCAGAAAUCAGCUAGGGUCAGAGCUGAGGGUGGUGCAGCUUGGACAGAAAAGGUGUCUAGAUGUGAUUGAACAUGCUCUUGUCUCUGGGGAAACUGUCCUGAUAGAGAAUCUGCCAGAAAAGGUAGAUCCAGUCUUGGAGCCUCUACUAAGCAGGAAAACUAUAAAAAGAGGAAGGCACAUUCUGAUCGGAGGCAAGGAGUGUGAGUACAACAGUACCUUUAAACUCAUUCUUCAUACCAAGUUGGCCAAUCCACAUUUCCCUCCUGAGCUCCAAGCCCAAACCACCCUGAUCAACUUCACCGUGACUCCCACGGGCCUGGAGGAGCAGCUGCUGGGGGAGGUAGUCUCCCGGGAGAGACCCGACUUGGAGGCCCUAAAGACACAGCUGACCACACAGCAGAACCACUUCAAGAUCGAGCUGAGAAGGUUCGAAGAUGACCUGCUGAGUCGUCUCUCUGCGGCCCACGGUAAUUUUCUGGGGGAUAUUUUUUUGGUGGAGCAACUUGAGAAUACCAAGACUACGGCCGCUCACAUUCAGUGCAAGGUGGUGGAGGCCAGCGAGAAUGAGAGAAAGAUCAACGAGGCACGAGAACUAUACCGCCCAGCAGCUGAGAGAGCGUCGCUCCUCUUCUUUAUCAUCAGUGACCUCAGCAAGAUUAACCUCAUGUACCAGUUUUCUCUCAAGACCUUUAACUCAGUGUUUAAUAAAGCAAUGGAGCGUGCUGAAUGGGAUGAGGAUGUGAGGAGCAGAGUGCGCACACUCACCGAGGCCAUCACCUAUUCUGUAUUCCUGCACAUCAGCCAGGGCCUGUUUGAGAAAGACAAGUUAACCUUCUUGUCACACACUGCCUUCCAGAUUCAGCUCAAGCAGGGAAUGAUUGAUGCACAGGAAUUGGACUUCCUGCUGCGCUUCCCAGUGGAGGUCAGCAAAGUUAGUCCAGUGCCAUUCCUCUCUCCAUCUGCCUGGGGGGCCAUUAAGACAAUUUCUACAAUGGAGGGCUUCAGUGGACUUGACAGAGACAUAGAGAGCUCACCGAAUCGUUGGAGGAAGAUAGUUGAGUCCAGCUGUCCGGAAAAGGAAAGGCUUCCCCAAGAUUGGAAGAAUAUGAGUUCCCUCCAGAAGCUCAUUAUUCUGAGAGCACUUCGUCCUGAUAGGGUAACCUACUCACUAAGGAAAUUUGUAGAAGAAAGCAUGGGAACUAAGUAUGUGGACACUGUCAGGUUGGAAUUUGAGAAGCUGUUUGAGGAUUGUGGUCCCUCAACCCCCGUGUUCUUCAUCCUCUCACCUGGAGUGGAUCCACUCCGAGAUGUAGAGAAACUAGGAUUGAAGCUGGGAUUUUCCAUUGACCAAGGAACUUUGCACAAUGUGUCCCUGGGACAGGGGCAGGAAGAAGUAGCUGAGAGAGUUCUCAGACAUGCCUCUGAACGUGGACACUGGGUCAUUUUGCAGAAUGUACACCUGGUGGCUCGCUGGCUGCCCACUUUGGAUGCUCUUCUGGAGACAACAGCAGUGGACAGUCAUCCCAGCUAUCGGGUUUUCAUCACUGGGGAACCAGCACCAUGUCCUGAGCAGCAUGUAAUCCCCAGAGGCAUAUUGGAGAAUGCCAUCAAAAUCACCAAUGAGCCACCCACUGGCAUGAAUGCCUGUUUGCAUGCAGCCCUCAGCAACUUCAGUCAGGACACUCUGGAAAUGUGUUCCAGAGAACAAGAGUUCAACUCGAUGCUCUUCACCCUCUGCUUCUUUCAUUCCUGUGUUACAGAGCGCCGCAAAUUUGGCCCACAAGGGUGGAACCACAACUACCCCUUCAGCACAGGGGACCUAACCAUCUCGGCCAACGUCUUAUACAGCUACUUAGAGACCAACACAAAAUCCAUGCAGGUACCUUGGGAGGACUUGUGUUAUCUGUUUGGAGAGAUCAUGUAUGGAGGACACAUUACUGAUAACUGGGAUAGAAGACUGUGUAAAACUUAUCUGCAAGAAUUCAUGCAUCCUAAAAUGUUUGAAACGGAGCUCUUUCUGUGCCCUGGGUUCCUGGCUCCUCCGUUCUUGGACUACAUUGGUUACCACCAUUAUAUUGACGAGUAUCUCCCCUCUGAGAACCCCACUUUGUAUGGUCUCCAUCCAAACGCUGAGCUCGAGUGCCUCACUGUCACCUCAGACAACCUCUUAAAGGCUCUGUUGGAACUGCAGCCACAGAACUCUUCCAGAGGAGAGGGAACAGCUCAGAGCACAGAGGAGAAGGUCACGUCAAUAAUUGAAGACAUCCUUGACAGGCUUCCUGAGGAGUAUAACAUGACAGCGAUUAUGGCAAAGACAACAGAUCGAAACCCUUACGCCUUAGUUUGCUUUCAAGAGUGUGAACGCAUGAAUCUUCUGUUAGCAGAAAUAAAGAAGUCCCUUCAUGAACUGGAUCUUGGUCUGAAGGGUGAACUCACUUUUUCCUCCAAGAUGGAGACUCUGCAGUCUGCAUUGUUCAUGGAGCAUGUCCCAGAUUUGUGGGCCAGAUUGGCUUAUCCCUCCACUAAAACACUGGCACAGUGGUUGAGUGAUCUAAUGUGUAGCUGUCAUGAGCUCGACAGUUGGACUCAAGACUUUGUUCUACCUGCAGUUGUUUGGCUUUCGGGGCUCUUUAACCCUCAGUCCUUUCUUACUGCUGUGCUGCAGAGCAUUGCUCGCAAAAACCAGUGGCCCCUGGACAAGAUGACUCUGACUGUGGAUGUAACAAAGAAAAUGAAAGACGACUUUGGGCACCCUCCACGGGAAGGAGCCUACAUCCACGGACUCUUCAUGGAAGGAGCACGCUGGGACACGCAGGCUGGAAUCAUCACUGAGGCAGUUUUGAGAGAUCUGACGCCAGCCAUGCCUGUGCUGUAUGUUAGAGCUGUGCCUGCAGAGGAGCAGGAGAUCAGAAACACUUUUGAGUGUCCAGUGUACCGCACCAAGCAGCGUGGGCCCACAUAUGUGUGGACCCUCCACCUACGAACCAAACAGCCAGCUGCCAAGUGGAUUGUAGCUGGAGUGGCUUUGUUGCUGUCUGUAUGAAAUUCAGUAUAAUUGUAGUGUAAGAAAAGUCUAUUUUUAAACAGUGUUGCUAUAAUUUUACACACUUCUAAUCUUGCAUCUCUGCUAUUUUGUUCUAGGUAAUUUUGUAGAUGUCAGUAGUGAUAUUGGAGUGUGUGUAUACUGCAUGUUAUAGAUAAAGUAAAGGAAAUAAGUAAGUAGAGAUAGCCGGUGUUGAACCUCUUGUGUCCGUGUCCUACACUGUUGAACAUCUCCCUUGAGUCUGGGUGUGAUUUGUUGGGAGCUUAUGUCUCCAUUUUAGACCAUGUAAUUCUGGAUGGGGAGCAUAUUUUAUUGGAAGGUCAAGAUUAAAAAAGCUCUCUGGCUGCCCUCUACUAACUGAAUGAUACACAAUGCUGUCUGGAGGGAUCCUGGACAGAAUUCCCAGGAGAUGAUGUGCAUGGUUGCUAUUGACUUUUAAAUGAGGUGCAUUUGACAUUGACCUUUUGUACGGCAGAGGCAGAAUACUAACAGACUAGUGUAAUUCAUUCAGCUGAGCCCAUUGGAAAAACCCAUUGAAAGACACUGAUAGCUUUGUGUGAGAAAGCAACACAUUAGGUUACCCAUCCUUUAUCUGCCUCCAGUCUCCGUGAACAUCUGAUCUACCUAAUAUGAACCAAAUAAAACCAAAGAAACAGUAAUCUUACGUAAAAGGUUAUUGUUUUAAAGUGGUUUAAUCGAGGUUAAUUGAAAACCAAGAGGAUGUUCAGUUGUUAUGACCACAUGUUGGUGGUGUUAUACAUACAGUCAUUCAGAUGAUUGAAGCCUAAUGUAUGUGAGAGAUACGUACAAUGAGGUGGAGCAAAGGUUAAGGUCAUGUACUACACUGAGAAAAAUCUCAUUUUAAAUCAACACAAAAGAGAUGUGUUAAAGAAGACAAAAAACAAGACAGGUGCCAAAUUAUGCUAAAAUAAUCAUAAAAUAGCAUGACGCAUAAAUUACUGCAACUAAAUCGCAGUGUUUUUUGUUGGGGGGUGGGUUGUGUCAAACUCUUAUCUUAAAUAAGAUUUUCUUCAACACUAAUAACUGCUGUGUUGCUCUUAAUAUCUCCCUGCAGCCAAAGUGGCUGUAGACAGACAAAUGGAGGCUGGAGGAUUGAUCCUGUGUAUUGUGCUGCAUGGGUUGAGGGGGGCUAAAGAACCGGUCUUCCUGUAGUUUCACUUCAUGUGCCUUCUCUUCCUCCCAUUAGCACGCCACAGCAACUAGCCAGUCAUUUGGUGACAGGGAAAUGAUACAGUGCUUGUAAUGUUUGGGAGGAAAUGGCAGGGUACAGGGCCGGGCUCAGCAGGGGUCGUGCCACAGAUAAGUCAUGUUAAAGGCCAAGCAGGGCACCUGGUUAAAGUCAGAAGGGGCAUCUGGGUCACCCCAUUGCCUUACAGCAUCAAAAGAAGACUUUGUGUUUGGAUGUUGUUGUUUUUGUCUAAAAAAAAAACUGGAGGAAAAUGUGAAAUCAAGUCUAGUUUUGUGCAGUAUUACAUAUAUACGUAGUUUGAGUUGCAAAGCUGAUAAAGAGUGUUAUAAGUUGCAUUGAUAAAUAUGAUACACAGCAGAGAAUUACAAAAGCUUAAAGCUUUUUGAGGUCCAUGAACUCUAGAUGAAUGUUUACUGCCAAGCCUUACAUGUUCUCCUUUAUGAAACAGUCCCACAUUCUGCUGUAAUAUUAGGCAAUAAAUACAUAAAAAUGAGAAAUUUUAAGAUGCUUGUCUCCAGACUUGUCCUUUACGUCCUCUUUCUAUAUUAUGCAUAUAUGUUGUAAAAUCUCUUUUCUGAACUCAACAUCUCCUUUUGUUUAUGUGUGCUUUC